AUAGAGGCACAUUCCAGUCUUUCCAACUUGCCAGGCACGAUGGCUCCCGCAAAGAAGGGUGGCGAGAAGAAGAAGGGCCGCUUCGCCAUCAACGAGGUGGUGAGCAGGGAGUACACUAUCAACAUCCACAAGCGCAUCCAUCACGUGGGUUUCAAGAGUCGUGCCCCUUGGGCACUCAAGGAGACCUGGAAAUUUGCCAUGAAGGAGAUGGGGACUCCAGACGUGCGCAUUGAGGCCAGGCUGAACAAAGCUGUCUGGGCCAAAGAAAUAAGGAAUGCCCCAUAUCAUAUCCGGGUACAUUUGUCCAGAAAACGUAAUGAGGAUGAAUACCUUGGUCGCCAGUGUGACCAGUGGGUCAAGAGUCAACUGUGUACCUUGGUCGCUUAUGUACCUGUCACCACUUUCAAAAAUCUACGUACAGUUAAUGUGGAUGACAACUAA